ACACACACACACACACACAAACAUUCUAAUGUUAUUGCGCGUUGUGUGUGCUACAAGCGCUUUGGCGCAACUAAACCGGGCUUCCAAGAGUGGUCUCGGGAAGGAAGGGGAGAGAUGGGCAAAAAAGUGGCUGGAACGAUAGGAGAGGCGAUAAUUUUUGCAACAAUUGCAAGGGCAGGGUAAAGGGAAAGGGAAUGAUCGCGCUUUCGAAGAGCGUCGUGACAAGGUCUCCGAGCGUGAGAGACCGUUGCCGAGCGAUAACACGCGAUAAGAGAGGAAGACAAAUGUUGCCUUCCACUGCCCUUUCCCACACACCAUUGAUUAAGAAGGGAAGGGAAGCGGAAGGGUUUGCAGCAGCAGCAGCAGGGAGGUGAAUGGACCUCUAGGGCCUGGUGCGGUGUGUUCCGUUCUUUUUUUUUCUAACCCAUUAUCGCGGUGAUCAUCGCGCGAAAUGCGAUCGAUUAGUUGUCGCUGAUUGCAAGCCACGCAGCGCGUCUCUGUGUAUGCUGCCUCUCAACAGGGAAGGAGAGGAGAGGAGGGGUGGUGGUCACCCAUUUGCACAAGGCUGGUACCUAUCAGCGAUUUUGCACUCCGGCAGCCGCCGGUUCAAGGCCGGUCCUUCUGGCGCACUUUCUCUAUAAUAAAAAAAACACGUUGCAUACAGCAAAUGGCAAGCGUUUGAGUCUAAGAUGAAUCUUUUUCCCAGACAGUUCGGUAAAUUGUGUGUUUCACUUCUGUAUAAGGAUUAAAGUGUUUGUUUCUUAUCAGCAUUGCAAAAAAGAGGAAGGAAGAUCAGUUCCAAACAGCUGCUGUCACCUUGUUAAUGCUCUCAUUAAACUUCCCGAUUCACAAUCCCGAGCGUUGAUUAAGGGAGGACCAGAUCGAGACAAGCAAGAAUGGCGGCUGAAUUAAAAAAAACAUAAACAAGGGCAUCCAAGUAGACACACCAAACAAAAGAACGCAAAGGAGUGCGUACGUGAGCACAUGCGUUCGCGUCAUAACGCCGCAGCACCGACCCGACCGCGACCGCAUGACGAAGCGUAAAUUUUGCGCACACAACCAACCGACCGACCGUCGACACCAGCCUACUGCCUACUUCCUUCAGUACCAUUUGCCGAACUACGGAACCAUUUGACGAUGGGACGCACGGCACGGUUCGGUACUGAUAACGCGGAAUUGCGCUGUGCAGUGCGUACGAUUGCGGCAUUGGCAAAUGGCGCUGGUAGUUUGCCUACAGAUUGGACACCGUAUCGCGUACCACCGCCCCCGAGCAUGGAAGCAGCAGCCGCUGGCUUUGCCGACUGCUUCGGCAAUGGCGGCGGUGGCGGCCCACACUUCGUGGGCAUCGUCGGGAAUGUUGGCAGUGGUAGUGGGACGGCUGGCGGUGGUGCGGUAACUGGUAUGUCACACCCGGCCACCGAUGGCACUGGUGGCGGUAGUGUACCUUUGGCGCCCGGCAGCGGCAGCGGUUCAACCACCGUCCAGUGGGUCCAGUCCGGCGGUGGUGGUGGUGGUGGUGGUGCCAGCGGCGGCAGCAUCAGUGCAGCAACAGCGCGGGAGGAUCUGGGCGAUAUGGCCUUCUACAUGCCGAACUAUUCGCGCGAGGUGCUCAAGAUGAUGUUUAUGAUGCGGUCGCACCACAUGCUGACGGACGUGACGCUCGAGGUGGAGCAGGAAACGUUCCACGCGCACAAGGUCGUGCUGUCCGCGGCGAGCCCCUACUUCAAGGCCAUGUUCACCGGCGGCCUGAAGGAGUGCGAGAUGGCGCGCGUGAAGCUGCAGGGCGUCUGCCCGACCGCGAUGACGCGCAUCCUCUUCUUCAUGUACACCGGCCAGAUCCGGGUGACGGAGCUGACCGUGUGCCAGCUGCUGCCGGCCGCCACCAUGUUCCAGGUGCCGAAUGUGAUAGACGCGUGCUGUGACUUUCUCGAGCGGCAGCUCGACCCGACCAACGCGAUCGGCAUCGCGAACUUUGCCGAGCAGCAUGGCUGCGAGUCGCUCCGGCAAAAGGCGAACCAAUUCAUCGAGCGCAACUUUACCCAGAUUUGCCGCGAGGAGGAAUUCCUACAACUGUCUGUGAUGCAACUGAUAUGCCUGAUCCGGAAGGACGAGCUGAACGUGCAGGGCGAGCGGGACGUGUACGAUGCCGUGCUGAAGUGGGUAAAGUACGACGAGGACAACCGGUACCCGAAGAUGGAGAGCAUCCUGUCCGCGGUGCGGUGCCAGCUGCUGACACCCAGCUUCCUGAAGGAGCAGAUGAAGAACUGUGCCGUGCUGCGCCGGGCGCCCGGCUGUCGCGAGUAUCUGGCCAAGAUAUUCCACGACCUCACGCUGCACAAGCGGCCGGCGGUGCGGGAGCGGAAACCGAACACGACGCGCAUGAUCUUCGUGGCCGGCGGGUACUACAAACAUUCGCUCGACAUGCUGGAAGGCUACAACGUGGACGACAAGGUGUGGCUGACGCUGCCGAAGCUGACCGUGCCGCGGUCCGGGCUGGGGGCCGCCUUUCUCAAGGGCACGUUCUACGCGGUGGGCGGGCGAAACAAUUCCCCCGGCUCGUCCUACGACUCCGACUGGGUCGAUCGGUACAAUCCGGUCACGGAGCGGUGGCGCCCAUGCUCGCCGAUGUCGGUGCCCCGCAACCGGGUCGGGGUGGCCGUUAUGGAUGAGCUGCUGUACGCGGUGGGUGGCUCGUCCGGCUCGGACUACCACAAUACGGUCGAGUACUACGAUCCCGAAACUGACCGCUGGACGCUAGUGCAGCCGAUGCAAUCGAAGCGGCUCGGUGUGGGUGUGGCCGUCGUGAACCGGUUGCUGUACGCCAUCGGUGGGUUCGAUGGGAAAACACGGCUCGCCUCGGUCGAAUGCUACCAUCCGGAGAACAACGCCUGGACGCUGGUGCCACCGAUGCGGUACGGACGCAGCGGGGCCGGCGUCGCAGCGCUGCACCAGUACAUCUACGUGGUCGGUGGGUUCGACGGGACGCGCCAGCUGGCUUCGGUCGAACGGUACGACACGGAGCAACAGUGCUGGGAGAUGGUCGCGCCGGUCCGGAUUGCCCGCAGUGCCCUCUCGCUAACCGUGCUCGAUGGGCGGCUGUACGCGAUCGGCGGCUACGAUGGGCAGGACUUUCUUACCAUCGUUGAGGUGUACGACCCGGUGCGGGACGUUUGGGACGAGGGCACACCGCUCACGUCCGGGCGCAGUGGGCACGCGUCCGCCGUCAUCUACACACCGUCCUGCAUCUCCAGCUACAUGGAGGGGCUCAAUCUCGGCGGCAGUGAAGAAAAGCGUAGCGAUUCGGGCGAUGGCGGCGGCACUGGCCAACCCCAGCAGCCACACCCGCCUCCAUCGUCAUCCUCAUCAUCACAGCAGGCAUCGGCACCAGCACCGCCAUCUUCAUCAUCGUCAUCAUCAUCAUCGGCACCGUCUUGUACGUCAGCGGCCGGAACACACGCUUCCUCCCGCCCGACAGAUAAUGGCGAGGAGAUGACAGCUGGCAGCGGUGGCGGCGGCGGUGGCGGUGGUGGUGCAUCUGACGGCCCGAUGGAAGCGCAGGUAGUAGAAGCAGAAGAGGAACCGUUUGCCAUGGAAACCGACUCUAGUCAAGAGGAAUGUGAUAAGGACGUCACUGUGAGCGAUGGCGAUGGGAUUCGAAGCAGCGCCGCCGUCCCACUGGAAGGUGCUCCGCCCCCCGACAUACCCCCGCCUGUGGCGCUGUCGCUGGCAGUGGUUGAACGUUGCCCCGUCGUGCGAUCGGCCGACCUGCUGCUACCCUCAUCGCGCCUGACACGCCGCAUACUGUCCUGCCGGCAGCGGAGCAAGCGGUGCUCCGGAAAGGAACGAAGCAGCAGUGCCGCCUCCCCGUCGCCUUCGCGCUGUCCCAAACGGUCGUCGUCGGCGGCACGGUACACGCUAACGCUUGCGCCUACGUCACGAAAGGAGGCGCCCAGUGGUUCAGCCGGAGGAGGAGGCGGCUGCAAGAGCAAGCGGAAGGCGGCGGGUGGUACCGCGACCGACGAUCACUGUCCGCUAGUGCGACUGAAAAAGCGCAUCACCUGUCUCGUGUCUGCCAUCGUGUCACCUACCUCCUCCUCGUCGUGUUCGUCGGUCGCGCAGCCAUCGCCGCCUGCCUUGUUAAGCGAAGAAUCGUCGUCAGUCAGUCAGGCGACGGCGGCGACCAAUAGCAAUAGUAGAGAUAGCAACAGUGCGAAUACAAACGACGAAAUAGUACCCACUGUGCCAGCAAUCGUAUUAUCCACCCCGCAUGAUCUAAGUGCCGUUGAGGGUGCGAGAGCGGCCCGACGAGUACCGGCAGUAUCGGCCGGGUGUUGCACCACCGCAAAGUUAUGACGUUUGUAAAAAUGCGCCGUUCGACCUGCGUCCUUUUUCCAACAAACCUCCCCACUGGUUGCGAGGAGAAGUAUUGCCAACAAGCAUCACAUUCGAGGAAAAGGCCUUAAAGAGAUGAAGGAAGAAAAACACACGCGAACCAACAGCCCACUAAAUGCGCGAUAUGAACGUGUUAGCUGUCGAUCUACAAUGAAUCUGAGUACCGCAAACUAACUAACCUUGGUAUUGUGGACGCACGGGUAUAGAUUACACCACAAGUCAGCAUCAAAUGGAGUGAAGGAGAGAGGGGAAAGAAAGAGAGGAGAUAGAGAGAAUAGUAGAGUUGAUACUUCCAUGGACAUUCCUUUUCGGGGGUGGGGAGGGGUUCAUGUAAGAAAUCGAGGCAAAAUCAUCACCGAGCCUUAGCGCAUUUGUGCCAAGAUGUAUAUACCGAUAUGUAAGCAUACACACAAACACAUACCCGUACCAGUUUGCUGCAAACAGUACGUUACUGCGAUUCGAGUCAGACGAUGCGCUGCCCCGCAUAUUUGUUUGUUAGGGUUUGUAGUUGUUUUUAAACACACGUCACUUAUAGUGGACGCAAAAGUAAAGGACGUGUUUUAAGCCUACGACACGUCGGCGAAAGGACGAGGCCACAGUCCUCAACAACCUUCCUUUCCGGUUUGUCUUAUACCAUGUAUAAGACCGGUACUAGUAGGAAACGCUUCGAAAUAAUCUCGCGUGUUGUAGUAAAAGAAACAAAAGAUUACCAGACCGGACGCCGCACGGCCGGUUCCCCAAAUACUGUUAGCGGUGCGUUUCAUUAUUUCCAUUUCCGCGUGUACAUAUGUGUAUGUAUUAGGAGGCGCCGAGGUUUCCCUGACUAGCGAUGAGCGGGAAAGACAUUGUGCUAGAAUUUUAAUUUUAUUACUAUUUUUUAAAAUAAACAAUCAAACAAAAC